AGAUCCUAAUAGAAGUCUGCUCUGUUGUGCCUUCUUGGAGUUGUCUUUUUCCAUGACCCCAAAGUAGCAAACAACCUGUUAUCUAUAUUCAGGAUAAUUCUGAUAAUAAGGUCCUUCACUCACACACAUACAGGAGAGAGAAUAACAGGACUUUCAUAAUAGUUACGCCCUCAGUUAACUUUAAAGCACUGGGAAAAGGAAUUAUUGUCUACCACGUACUUUACGCUUACAGACUGUCAAUAACAAGAAAGGACUGUCUGGGAAUAUGAAGGUGUGGGCAGCUUUGCAUGCAGCAACCAUGAGACAGUGGAGUUCAGGGUCUUACAUGGAAGAAACAAGGCAAUAAGUGGAAUUGCAAUGCUAGACUUCAGGAGAGCCAACAUUGACAUCUUCAAGGACCUACCUGGAGAUAUCCCAUGGGUUAGAGCAUUGGAAGGUUUUAAAUAAACACCUCAGCUGUGAUGUAAGAUCACAGUGAAGGUAAAAGCCGUGAAAAGCAACAGAGUUAGAUAUUUUAAUAAGAAGCAAGAGAGAAAGAUGCCAACCCUGGAUGACAUUUUAGAGCACAUCGGAGAAUUUGACAAGUUCCAGAAACAAACCUUCUUCGUCCUGUGUUUGCUUUCUGCUGCCUUCACUCCAGUCUAUGUGGGCGUCGUCUUCUUCGGGUUCACCCCCGAGCACCGCUGCUUCAGUCCUGGCGUGGCAGAGCUGAGCCAGCGCUGUGGCUGGAGCCUGGCAGAGCAGCUGAACCACACCGUUCCCGAGUGGGGCAGCCAUGGGGCCGCCUACAGCAGCCGUUGCAGCAGGUAUGAGGUGGACUGGAACGCAACGGGUGUCAGCUGCACUGAUCCCCUUGGCAGCCUUGUGGGCAACCGGAGUUCUGUCCCACUUGGCCCCUGCCAAGAUGGGUGGGUCUACGACUACUCUGGGACCUCCAUAGUGACUGAGUUUAACCUGGUGUGUGAGGACUCCUGGAAGCUGGACCUCUUUCAGUCAUCUGUGAACGUUGGGUUCUUUAUUGGCUCCGUGAUAAUCGGCUACAUAGCAGAUAGGUUUGGCCGCAAGCUCUGCCUCUUGAUCACAGUCCUCAUCAAUUCUGUCUCAGGGGUUCUCGUGGCCUUCGCACCCAGCUACAUGUGGACAGUGAUCUUUCGGUUGAUCCAGGGGCUGGUCAGCAAGGGGGGCUGGCUGACAGGCUACGUCCUGACUGCAGAAUUUGUUGGCUUAAGCUUCCGAAGGACAGUGGGCAUCAUCUACCAACUUGCCUUCACUGUGGGACUCCUCAUCCUCACUGCCGUGGCUUAUGUGCUCCCACACUGGAGAUGGCUUCAGCUUGCUGUCACCCUGCCCAAUUUCUUCUUCUUACUCUAUCAAUGGUGUCUGCCCGAGUCGCCCAGGUGGCUAAUAACUCAGAAGCAAAAUGACAAAGCUACAGAAGUUAUUAAGCGCAUUGCCAAGAGAAACAAGAAGCAGCUACCUCCCUCUUUCCAGAACCUCAAAUCUGAAGAAGAUGGAGAAAAGCUGAAACCUUCAUAUCUAGACCUGGUCAGGACACCUCAGAUAAGAAAGCACACAUUCAUUUUGAUGUACAGUUGGUUCACAAGCUCCGUCCUCUACCAAGGGCUCAUCAUGCACAUGGGACUAGCUAGUGGGAACAUUUACCUGGAUUUCCUCUAUUCUGCUCUUGUUGAGUUCCCAGCUGCCUUCAUCCUCUUGUUAACAAUGGAUCGCAUUGGCCGUCGCUACCCAUGGGCUGUGGCAAAUGUGAUGACGGGUGGUGCCUGCCUUGUUACGGCAUUAGUCCCAGACACUCUUUACUGGCUUAAAAUGACCGCAGCAUGCCUGGGCAGGAUGGGAAUUACCAUGUGCUAUGAAAUGGUUUGUUUGGUAAAUCCUGAGCUGUAUCCAACUUCUCUCAGGAACUUAGGGGUGCUGAUCUGCUCAUCCAUGUGUGACAUCGGUGGAAUCAUGACCCCCUUCAUUGUGUACAGACUAGCGGAACUCUGGCACGAGCUGCCCUUGGUUCUCUUUGCUGGGAUUGCUUUUGUUGGUGGUGGCUUGGUCUUGCUCCUUCCUGAGACGAAGGGAAAAACUCUGCCUGAGACCAUUGAAGAUGCUGAAAACAUGCACAGACUAGAAAGAAGCAAGGAAAACACAGUUUAUCUUCAAAUUCUGACUUCAGAAGCUGUACCCAAGUAAGGCUCUGCUUUUGUUCCAAACCUGCUUCUACUGGGCAGCAGUAGAGGGGCCAGCACAACAGCCCCACCCAGCCACUGAGGAAAAAAACAUGCAGACACAGCCCACCCUUCUCCAGCUUGUUCUCUUGCACUGCCACCAGCCACAGCCAUGGCAGUUGACUCCAUGGAUUUCCUAUUCAGACUCUCACAGAUCAUCUUCCAGUGAAUUUCUCUAUUUGUCUUCUCAGCACUUUCACACUUCCCCAGACAUCUGACAGCAGGACACUCAUGAAAUAAUGCUUUCUUCACACUUGCAGCUCAUUUCCAUAUCAAGCAGGAAUGUAUUCGUACUGCCAACCCACCUCCACACUGCACCUAAUUUUACAUGAUGCUGAGCAAGCUCAGCUCCUACCACCCUAUAGCAAGCAAACACCUCUGCAGAACACACUUAGGGAGUCCAUGAGUAUCCACUAGAACUUCCCACUUAGUUUUCCAGAAAAGGUGGAAUAAACCUGGUGAGGGGGAAAUCUAGUUCCAGACCAACUUUUAAGCUUUGGCACCCCAGAAUUUGAUUGGCUAUGAGACAAGCUGGAAAAUGAAAAGGAAGGGAAGAAGGAGCUGCAGGCAUCUGAGCCUUAGGCCAUGAGGUCUGAGUGCUACUACCCUAUCUUGAGGGAUCAGUGAUAGGGCAAGAAGAGAAAGCCUCAUCACAUACCUCCACUGGGAGCAGCACACGCAAUAAUACAACACAGCGCUCUGUACAAUAAAGUCCUGUUGUUUUAAUAUGCAUUGCUUUCCUAAUGCUGUAGUUUGGGCUUUUUGCAUGGCCAAGCUCUAAAAUAUCUAUGAAUAAUAUGAAUUAAGGAAAAGAAGAGGCACAAAGGAUCUUGCUUUUUAGGUAGACCUCUAUUCAUAACAUGCUGAAAUAUAACAACCGUAGUUUGGAAGUCCUCUUCCCUGGCCCUUCAGAAUCUCAUAAAGUGGUUACAUCACAUUCAGCAGCUUUUAUUUUGAUUUGCCUCCUGACUAGUCCCGUUUCGUGGCUCCCCUCACCCUGUUUUCUGUACAAUGUUUUUGA